AUGAAGACGCAAGCCUACGUUCUCGCUGAAAAGGACGCCCCGUUUAAGCUGCAAGAGGUCGAGCUCGCAGAGCCGGAGGACAACGAAGUUCUCCUCAAGGUCGUAGCGUGCGGUCUCUGCCAUACUGAUCUGUGCAUUCAGAACGGCGCAUUCCCCUCUCCCUUUCCCAAUGUCACCGGCCACGAAGGCUCAGGCCGCGUCCUCAAGGUCGGCAAGGCCGUCACGCGCGUCCAGACCGGCGACAAGGUCCUCUGCUCCUUCAACCACUGCUCGUCGUGCGGGCCGUGCCAGACGGGUCAUCCGGCGGCCUGCGAGAAGUUUGGCGAGAUCAACUUUGGGCGGGUGAGGAGCGCGGAGACGGGUAACAAGGCGGGGAUCAAGGGAGCAGCCGGCGAGGAGAUCUACGGUGCUUUCUUCGGCCAGUCGAUGUUCGCGGAGCACGCUCUUGCCGCAGAAAACUCGGUCGUCAAGGUGCCCGACGACACCGACCUCGUCACGCUGUCCGCUCUCGGCUGCGGCUUCCAGACAGGCGCAGGCGGCGUGCUCAACUUCCUCAAGCCAUCGAAGGACUCGUCGAUUGCGAUUUCUGGACUCGGAGCGGUCGGUAUGGGCGCGCUUUUCGCCGCCAAGUACCUCGGAAUCAAGACAAUCGUCGCGCUCGACGUCGUCCCUGGCAAGCUCGACCUCGCGAAGCAGUUCGGCGCGACGCACGUUUUCAACGCGCGUGAUUCGGACGUCGUCCAGCAGGUCAAGGCCAUCACACCGUACAAGGGUGGCGUACAGUACUUUGUCGAGUGCUCGGGUAACGUGCCGGCGCUGAAGGCGGCGUGGGAAAUGACGGCGAACCGAGGGCAUCUCCUAAGGUGGGUCGCUCUCGCUCAGUCUGCGGUCUCUGGCGUCUGCUUCAGCAUCAUGUUGAAGAAGGGGAUACUCGCGUCCCUCUGCUCCUGCAGCUGCGGCACACCUGGACCGGGUGUCAACCCUCCCUUCGAUGUCUUCGGCAAUCUCGUCGCUUGCAAGACCUACAGCGGCCUCUGCGAAGGCGACUCGAACCCGCCCGACUUCAUCCCGUUCCUCAUCAAGCUCUACAAUGAGGGCCACUUCCCCGUCGACAAGAUCAGCAAGACUUUCGCACACGACAAGCUCGACGACGCGAUUCAUGCGAUGCACAAGGGGGAGACGAUCAAGCCUAUCAUUGUCUUUGGUAAGGCUUGA